CACUGAGGUUUGUUCGUUUUGGAGUUGCAGCGCUUUAUGCACUUAAAACAAGUGUAUUUAAGCUGUUUGAAAAAAGGCAAAAAAUCAAAUGUAGGCAGUGCAGCCGAAAACGAACAGACCUAUUGACAAAGGGUUACCUAAAGUUGCCCACGUGCAACGUCCGUCGUUGAAUCCGCGCCAAACGCGCGAGACGACGAAUAUUAUUGUCAUUUUUGCUGGCAAAGCAAGCGAAAAUAAUUCACGCACGAUCACAAAUGAGUCACGCACUUGACUCACGUAGCUUCCUUUCACGGAAAUCGCCUGGCGGAAUAAAUCGGGAGCAACAACGGGCGUGCAACAUGACUCAGAUUAUAGCGGUUCUCUCCGCACUUCCUAGGUUAUCUUACCAUUUACGAUCGCGACUGCCGAAUCUGCGCAUUUUGGACGUUUUGCCAGGACAAGCAGAUACUGCGUCCAAGUUGAAUGCCGCAGAAAUACUGGUAGCCGAUUGCGAUUUAUUGAUACCAUAUGUUCACAACUUGACAUCGGUCAAAUGGAUACAAGCGACAUGGGCAGGUUUGGACAAGUUUAUUCCAAAUGUACAGAAUACGGAAAAAAAUUACAUACUGACUCGUUUCUCCGACGAGUCGUUCGGCCUAGCCAUGUCUGAAUACGUGAUAGCACAAAUCGUUAAUUUUGAACGUGAUCAAAGACAACAAUAUGAGAAUCAAAGGCAUGCUCUAUGGAAGAAAGAAGGCAAACUUGUGAACCAUAGACUCAUAUGUGACUUGACUAUAGGCAUCUUGGGUUUAGGAACGAUAGGAAAGUCUAUUGCACAAAAUUUGAAGCUAUUCGGAGCAACUAUCUGGGGUAUGACACGUACCGUUCCAAAGGAGAAAUUGUUAUAUUUGGAUGAACAUAGAACUAUGGAUAAUUUGUCAGACGUCUUGGAAAAUUGUGAUUAUAUAAUUAAUGUACUACCAUCGACUCAAGACACAGUGGGACUUUUAAAUGGGAAUGUUCUGCAGCAUUGUAAAGCUAAGGAUACCGUUUUCAUUAACAUAGGACGCGGCACCAUUAUUGGAGAAGCAGAUCUGAUAACUGCUCUUGAACAGAAGUGGAUUUCGGCUGCUAUUUUAGAUGUCUUCAAAGAAGAACCAUUGUCAAAGGAAAGCAAAUUAUGGAGCCUUCCACAAGUGACUAUAUCACCACAUAAUUCUGGCGUGACCCGAGCACAAGAUGUUGCAAAGUUAUUUGCCACAAAUUAUGCUAGAUAUAUAAAAGGGGAAAGUAUGCUAAAUACAUUUGAUUUUAACAAAGGCUAUUAAUUUUAUAAAAUAACUGUACAAAUAUUUCUUAUAUCAAAAUGAUUGAUAUCUUAUAUAAAUAUUUAUUGUAAAUAAAAAAUAUACAUAUAGACGCUUUAAACAAAGAACAAAGGUUUGACCAUUUCGAGCUAUUGUACGUAUUUGAUACCAAAAAACUUAAAUUAUAUAAAUUUUUAUAGCUAUAUAAUCCAAAAUAAAUUAAAAUAAUAAUGUAA